GUUUUCCCGCCAGGAUAUCGAUCAACUGCGCACGACGAGGUCAUUAAUUUACAAGGUCUAGCGAAAGACGUAAUGGCAGACGGGGAAAUGAAUGUUGUUCAUGUCAAUGGGCAGAAUGGUGACAGUGGGGUCAAAAAAAUGAAAUUAUCAGAGCCGAAUAAAGUGACUGUUGUGCUUGGUACACAGUGGGGUGAUGAAGGAAAGGGAAAAGUUGUUGAUAUGUUGGCGACGAAUGCUGAUGUUGUGUGUCGAUGUCAGGGUGGAAACAAUGCAGGUCAUAGUGUUCAUGUUGGAGAUAAGGAAUAUGCCUUUCAUUUAUUACCAAGUGGCAUAGUUAAUGAAGAGUGUACAGCAAUUAUAGGUAAUGGUGUGGUCGUACAUUUACCUAAUCUUUAUGAAGAAAUUAAGAAGAAUGAAAAACAUGGUUUACCGGGUUGGAAAAAAAGACUUCUGAUUUCUGACAGAGCUCAUUUAGUAUUUGACAUGCAUCAACAGGUUGAUGGGUUACAAGAAUCAAGUCGAGGCAAAAAUUCUAUUGGUACAACAAAAAAGGGAAUUGGACCAACAUAUUCAUCCAAGGUGACAAGAAAUGGUUUACGUAUGUGUGAUCUAGUUGGAGAUUUCACCGUCUUUUCUGAUAAAUUCAGAAAUCUGGUUGACUACCACAAGAAAAUCUAUCCAGAUCUGAACGUUGAUGUUGAGUCGGAACUACAAAGAUAUGAAAAAUUAAGAGAAGAAAUCCAACCCUUAGUUACAGAUACUAUUGGUCAUAUGUAUACGGCCAUCAAAGAUGGUAAAAAUAUUCUUAUUGAAGGUGCUCAAUCUGCAAUAUUAGAUAUAGAUUUUGGUUUGUAUCCGUAUGUGACAUCAUCAAAUUGUACGAUAGGUGGGGUAUGUACAGGAUUAGGUAUACCACCUAGAAGUAUAGGUAAUGUGUAUGGUGUAGUUAAAGCUUAUUUAACACGGGUUGGUGCUGGUGGUUUCCCCACUGAACAAAGUAAUGAAAUUGGUGAAGUUUUAUUAAAAAGAGGUGCUGAGUAUGGUGUUACUACUGGUCGUCCAAGAAGAUGUGGUUGGUUAGAUAUGGUCAUGUUACAAUUUGCCAAUAUGAUUAAUGGCCUUACUGCAUUGGCUAUCACUAAAUUGGACAUUCUGGACACCUUUAAAGAAAUAAAAAUUGGUGUUGCAUAUCAUGUGAAUGGUGAAAAAAUUAAUACCUUCCCAGCAUCUGAUGAAGUGUUACAGAAAGUAAAAGUUGAAUAUUUAACACUGCCUGGUUGGGAAACAAGUACCGAAAAUGUUCGAAAAUUUACAGAUUUACCUCCUAAUGCCCAAAGAUAUAUUAAAACCAUUGAACGUUUAAUAGGAGUACCUGUUCGAUGGGUUGGAGUUGGAAAAGACAGGUUUUCAAUUAUAGAGAUAUGAACUUUAGAAAUUCAUCCAAUAACUGCUGAAAAUGUAAAUAGUAUGGUUGCUGUUGGGCAUUAAACUCCAUCCCAUAUAAUUCAAAUAACCACUGAUCACCAUUAGUGUGAAAUGUCUUUUGCUUUCCUAAGACCUGACGAUCAUGACCUAGCCACACACUGACACUAAUAACUACCCAAAACUAAACCCUAACCGAAGCCCUGGGUCAUGAUGAUCAAGACAAAUAAAAUAGCAAGAGGGCAUUUUACAUGAACAGCACUACUAAUCAUGCUAAAUCAGUUGUUACAGGGUAAAUCAACAGUAUUGUUAGAACAGAGUUAAAUAAGUUCUUCCAAAAAUUUUCAUAACCUUUAAGGCUCUUGUCCACACUUUACAAAUUAUUUUAUGCCAUUCAAGUCUUUUACAGUGUCACAUACCCAUAUGUUGCUUGGUUGUAGUUUCAAUCCUACUACAGAAAAUUGUUUCACUAAAAACUAUGGAAUAUUCAACAGAGAAUCUUGUAGAAAUGGGUACUUAAAGUCUGAUUUCUGGGUGUUUUUAUUUCUAUUUAUUUAAAGUUGCUGAUAUCAUCAUUUGCAUUUUUGGAACAAUGUCUAAUACUUCACGGUCUAUUCCAUGCAAAAAUGUACUCUCAUUGAUAAUUUAACAUUUAGUUAAAAAAAAAAAUUAAAAUAUCAACAGAUAAUCUCUCAACUUGGAUUUAACAAUAGGUUUUAGUGAAGAUUAUAUGUUGCCUGUUGACAUAUAUCCCAUUUAUAUCAUCUACAACAGAUGUCUAUUGUUUACAAAUUUUCAAUUCAUAUCUUUGUAAAUACUAAACUGAAUUGAUCCAUUUUGAAUCUCAUAUCCUACUUAGAGAUUCUGUUAUCACAAUGGUAGUUUUCGAAGGAAUAAGAUAUCCCUCGAAUGAGAUCAGAGACUUUAUGUAUGAUAAUUGUUAUACUUUGAAUUUGUGGGCAGCUUUAAGUAAGUGAAAUUUCAAACAGCUUAUUGCAUUUAUGGGUUCUUUAUAUUAGGGAGUGGUUAUGGGUUAUACACAGAAAUAUAUCCUAUUUUUAAUUUUUGACAACUAUUUUUUUGAAAUGUGUGUGUAAGUAUAUAUAUGUAAUCUUUUUAAUAAAUGUUAAAUUAAAUUGUAAGACAAACAAUAAUGCACAAAUGAACUGAGAUUUAUAUACAUUAUUAAAUUACUGAAUUUUAUUUGUGUACUAUACUCAGUUUUAAUUGAUCAAUCAACAUAUAGUUAAUGCAAAACUCUUUUAAAUAUAUAUCUUUUAUGAAAAUGUGUUUUUUUAUGAUUUGAAAUCUCUUGCCAUAGUUGUGCCAAUUUUUAAAUUCUUAAAGGCAAUUACUGUCAACUCCCAUGACAACUGUCUAAUAAAUCUUGAAUAUUCUGCUUUAGAACCCAUGCGAUUUUUCAUGUCAACAAAAUUAAUAUGAAAAAAAACAAACCAGUUUUGAAAAGAUAUUUGCAUAACAGAUACUGUUAAGAUUUGAUUUGCACAUUAAUAUUUACUGAAAAUUCCUUUUAAAUGCCAACAAAAUGUUAAGAUGCACUUCAUUUUAAACAAAACCAUCUUGGUAAUUAAUAUUUUGUAGAGAGAUGAUAUUCUUGAUAUGAUAACUGUCUUGUUAACUAUUUCAAUAAAGUGAUAUUUUAGUAUUAAAGAUUCCUACAUGUCCUAUUAAAUUUAUAAUAUUGAAUAAACUGUUUUAAUGUG